AUGGCGACCUUCGCAUCCGCCUCGCCCUCGGCCCCCCUCCUGGGCUCAUACCUCAUGCUCUCGAGCACGCUCCUCGCCUACACCCUCGGCGGCGCCGGCUUCGACUGGGUCCUCAUCGACAUGGAACACUCCCCCCUGUCCCCCGCCGACGCCACCGCCCUGGUCCACGCCGUGUCGGUGGCCUCGCGCAACAAGACCGUCACCUUCGUGCGCACGCCGUCGUCCGGCGUCGAGUACGUCAAGUGGGCGCUCGACAGCGGCGCGAACGGCAUCGUCGUGCCCAUGAUCCAGUCGCGCGAGCAGGCCGAGGCCGUCGUCUCCCACGCGCGCUACCCGCCGGCGGGUCAGCGCAGCUUCGGCCCCUUUUACGCGCCCUACGCCAACCUCGCCGGCGACGGGACGCUGACGGGCUAUGCGGCGGAGACGGCGAAGGACGUCUCGGUGAUAUUGAUGAUCGAGUCCGCCGCCGGGGUGGAGAAUGCGGAGGGGAUCAUGAGCACGCCGGGGAUCAGUGGCAUCUUCGUCGGACCGGUUGAUCUUCGUCUGUCUCUUGGACUGUCUGGGCCUCAUGGUGAAGAGGCGGCCUAUCUUCAGGCGCUGGGGAAGAUAGCCCAGCUCGGGCAGCAGCUGGGCGUGAAGGUCGGGAUCUUCGUGGCACAGCCUGACGUGAUGCCCAGGUUGCAACGCUUGGGGUAUUCCUACUUUCUUGUUGGAGGGGACGUUAUGUUUGCCGGGAAUGGUGCACGGGCUGCGUUGACAGCGGCGAAAGAUGUCCUUCGGGAUUCCAAGAUAUAA